UAUUGCUUGAAGGGAGAAAUAAGUAGAACUGACGGGGAAACUCAACGUUUUAUAAUCCGCAGACCGGAUAAGUCCGUUGAAUUCUUGUGACAUUAUGCAUUCCAACGCCUCCUGUGAAAACGGACGGAAGUGGGGCUGCAUAGGGUCUUGGACCACUCAGAUAUCAUGUCUCCCUCCAUUUCUUCCUCCAUCUCUAUCUUCCUCCACAUCUUCCUCCAUUUCUUCCUCCAUUUCUCCCUCCAUUUCUAUAUUUCUCCAUAUCUUCCUCCAUAUCUUCCUCCAUUUCUUCCUCUCGUCGAUCCUCGCAUCAGGCACGGCAAGAUAAUUUUAGUCUUCAGGCGUCAUAGCGAUUUGUUUUGGCUCAGUAGCACACCUUGUGAUAGGCUUAUGUGAAUUACUGGGAGGCAAUAUCCGUCCUGCUGAAGGGCGAACUUAGUGACCUACUCCUCGAUCAGUUAG